AUGUCAUGGCAGACCGCUACUACUAGGUUUGUCUCGAUCUGCACUGAUAUAGACAUAGCCCUCAGAGUUGCAAACGCAGAAUUUAAUAGCGUAACGGCAAAUAUAUUGGUUAGAACAGGCUGGGGUCUCCUUUCAAGUAUCCGACGCAUGCGCUCUUGGAAUCCCACCUCCGCCAUCACUUAUAGCUCGACCUACAUCAAGAAUAUCGAUAUCCGGGCCCAGACGCCAGCCCCCGACUUCCAGGCUGUUGCCCGGGCCGUGUCGCAGGUGGCCAGGACAGGCGGCUGGGAAGACAGGCUUUGUCCAGUCAAACUUCCGGCCGAGACCCCUUCAUCCCUUUCAUCCCCACAUGGUGCUCGGGUUUGGUCACCUGUUGAGAACAACACAGGAAGUCGGGUUUGGACUAUGGACGUUAGCAUUCGGAUCCUGAGUGGCAAAAGAAACUCGCUGACUGGGCUCGACUCCUUUCAAGAUGACCCUCGCUCCGCCCCUGACCCAAAAUUACUCCGUCCGGUUACACCUGCUAAUCGAAUCGGCUAG